UGUCUCGACUUGGUGUGUUUUGGAGGAGGUGAGGAGAGGGACUUCGCGCUUUACAUGUUAAUGAAGAAGAGGAGCGGCGGACGGAGUGUGAGAACAAGGUGAAAGGGUUCGGGCUUUUGGUUCAUUUGCGUUUCCUAUCCACCUCUCUUUGCUCUUCCUCACCUCCUCCCCUCGUCCUCCUCCUCAUCGUCGUCCUCCUCCUCCUCCUGCUGCUGCUGCGGAGCCACAGUGGGGGGCUGUGAGGGUGCUCGGUGGUCGUGAGGAAAUAGCCGGCAGUGGACCCCCCCCUAGUCCAGGCGGAGUUGCCAUGUAGCGCCCUGAGGGAGCUGUGAGAAUACAGCCUGAAGCGCACGUGGGUGACCCGGGUGGCUCGGGCCGGCCGAGUGUUUGGGUGGCUCCAGCGUUUCAGGCAUGGACACCUCCAGCGGUACCCGGAUAGUUAAGCCACCCUCAGGCAUGUCCAAAGGACGCCCACCCAAACAGUCUCACCCGCCAGAGACAACAAGGAUGGGCAGCACUGAAAAUGACAAUCAUGGUUCCUCCUGCAACGAGAGGUCAGAGGGGAAGAAGAAAGGGCGCCCCCGUGUGGAAGUGCAGGAGCUACGCAGUAUCCCUGCCCAAAUGAUGGUUCAGUGGAAAGAGGAAUUUAAGAGUCGUUCUCGUGUGAAGUGCCCGAGUUCAGGCUGCUGGCUGGAGUUCCCCAGUAUUUAUGGGCUUAAAUACCAUUAUCAGCGCUGCCAAGGGGCGACCAUGGCGGAGAAGUUGAGUCACGGCUGCCCAUACUGUGAGGCCGUGUUUGCCACUAAAGUGCGUUUGCAGAAGCACAAGCUGUGGAACCACCCGGAAAGGGUCACCAUGGAGACCAAGGCCGGGGUGCCCAUGGAGACCAAGUCCGAGCCUAAACACGAGUCCAAAGUGCAGAGGGGCACCGUAAAGGGAAAUUCCAAAAAGAGGCUUAUGGAGAACAGCCCCCCUUCACCAGUCUUCUUCAAGGUGAAGAAGACCCAGGAAGUGUCCAGCCCUUCACAGAAUGGGGAGUGUGCCCCCCAGAGGCUUGACAGGAAACAGCAGCACAGCUCCCAGCAACCGCAGCAGCAGCAGCAACAACAGGGGCCUCCUUCAAACACCACAGGGAGUGAAAGUGAGGGAGGGAGUCUGCCUCCACCCUUCCCUGAAGAAGACCCCGAGAGGAUGAAGCAUAGGAGGAAGCAAAAAACUCCAAAGAAGUUCACUGGGGAGCAGCCCUCCAUCUCUGGGACAUUUGGCUUGAAAGGGAUGAAUAAAGUAGAAGAGAAGCUAAAAGCAGGCAGAGCAAAACGGCCAGAGGGGGCCGUGUUCAAUGAGGAGCCCCAGAGGAAGCAAUUAGCUACUGCUCCAUCCAGGAGAGAACCCCCCUCCCAUACUCAAGCGGCCCCUGCUGAAGCUCAGUGGCAGCACACAAUCUCAGAACGGGGUGAGGUGUCCUGCCCCACUUGCUCCGUCGUCACCCGCAAAACCGUCCCAGGCCUCAAGAAGCACAUGGAGAUCUGUCAAAAGCUUCAGGAUGCACUGAAGUGUCAGCAGUGUCACAAGCAGUUCAGGUCCAAAGCUGACCUCAAUUACCAUGUGAUGGCUGAACACACCACCAAGCAGCCCUCUGGGAGUGAGAAUGAGGGAGGGGAGGAGCAGAAGGAGAGAGAGAAGCUCUGCCGAGUUCUCAAACAGAUGGGCAGAAUCAAGUGUCCCAGUGAGGGCUGCUCAGCUCACUUCUCCAGUCUGAUGGGCUAUCAGUACCAUCAGAAGCGCUGUGGUAGAGAGCUGUCAGAUACUCAAAAGCCUGUGUUCCUGUGCCAGCACUGUGGAAAAACGUACCGCUCCAAAGCCGGCCGAGACUACCACGUGCGCUCCGAACACGCCGUCACCACCACACCCACACGCCCGGUUUCCGCCCCCGAGGAGGUGAAGUCGGCCUUUAGGAAAGAUAAAGAGCAGCCUCCAGCAGAGAAAACAAAAAUAGAGACCAUCCAAAAGAAGAGCCUGGCGAAAGCAAAGGAAAGAAUAGAGGAGAAGAGGGAAGAGAAAAAGGAGGAGAGGAGGGAAGAGAAGAAAGAAGUCAGGGCAGAGGCGGAAGAGCUGCUGGACUUGGAGCGCACUCCCAGCGGCAGAGUGAGGAGACGCUCGGCUCAGGUGGCCGUCUUCCACCUGCAGGAGAUUGCAGAGGAUGAGCUGGCCAAAGACUGGGGCACCAAACGCCGCAUCAAAGACGACCUCGUACCCGAUAUCAAGAGGCUAAACUAUACACGUCCAGGCCUUCCUAACUUCAGCCCCGAAACUCUAGAGACCUGGAAAAAUGAAGUAAAAGAGAAAGGCUUCAUCUGUUGUCCCAAUAGUAGCUGUGAGGCUGUUUACUCAAGUGUGUCAGGACUAAAAGCUCACCUCGCAAACUGCAACAAGGGAGGGGGUGAUGUGGGAAAGUAUACAUGCUUGCUAUGCCAGAAGGAAUUCAGCUCUGAGAGUGGAGUGAAAUACCACAUCAGCAAGACACACUCUCAGAAUUGGUUUCGAGCAUCUGGCCAUGUGGUGCCUAACAGCAAGAUCAAAGAGCCACAGAGCAAUGGGCUGCAGAAAGACAUGAAAAACGGAGUGCCCGGGAAGAAGAGGGGUCGAAAACCCAAAGAGCGCCCCCCCGAGACCACCUCCAUCCCAGCAAAGACUUCGAGCCCUUCCGGAAAUGCCCCUGCUCCAGCUCCCACCCAUCUUCAAUGCCCAAAUCCAAACACAACCCCAACUGCUACUCAGCCCCCGGCACCUGCCACCUCCAACAGCACCCCAGCCCCAACAGCCACGCUUGUGGACAGUGGAAGUCUAGCCCAAACCAGGGACUUGCAGCCCCCCGUGAAGAAGAGGGGCAAACCUAAGAAAGUGCAACUAUCCGAGUAACAUGGCUUUCACAACUUCAACACCAGACAGGAUGCUGUUAGUCAUACGCCAGUAAAUUAAUGAAGCUAGGCUGAAUCUCCGCCACACAGGUGAAGGAUUACACAGAAGGUAGAGGUGAUAGAGAAUAACAGAAGGAGGAGGAGAGCAAGAGAAAACGACAACAUUUAGCUCUUGUAUUAGUUUCACACUGAUCUGUUUUUUAAUCCGAUAUAUACAUAUACAGUAUAUGUGUCUACUGGUAUAUGCCAAUAUAUAAUAGUCCUUUUUCAUUCCAUUUUUAGAGUUCAUUUCAGUUAUUAAGCUGUUCAGACAAAUGGGGUUAAUUCUAAUCAAUGCCGAGAUCCCACUUUAUAUAUAUAUUCUGUAUGUAAACAGAAAUGUUUUUAGAGCAAAGAACUCAUUUCAGAUGGAAACAUUUCGAUAUGUCCAGUAGUUUCAUGUUGUGUUUUGAAAGGUUUUUUAUUAUUAUUUGAGAAAAAAGGAUAUCCAAGUUAUUCAGUUAGCAUGGUGCGCUAAUUUACGACUGGUGUUUUAUCACGGAUAUACUUUGUUGUGUAUAUAUACAAUAUCUAUAUCUAUAUAUGAAUACUGUAUAUACAGAGGAAUUCAAUUUUUGUCCAUUGUUUUCCAGCAAAGUCAGUCAGAAAUAUUCCAUUUUCUUUGAUGGUCAUCGUUUCAUUUGCUUUCUCCUCUGGUGUAUUGGGGAUUAUUAAAGGCAGCUGAAUGGUGGGGCAGAGUUAGAUAGCCGUUGGAACAGUCUGCUUUCAGUGCAAUAGUGUCGCUUUUGUGGUUCGUGUCUAGUCUCUUGCUCGGAAUCAUAAGAGGUUGAAGCUUGCAUCCCUGUGUAAAACUCCCUCCCUGUUUCAAGUAGUUGUAGUAUACAACAGUUGGUCUUAGGUCAUUGUUAACACCCUCAGCUGCUUCGAAAAUAGGUUUUAAUACUUUGUGCUCUCAUUUUUUUAACAGCUAACAUCUAAAAAAUGACAGUGACCGUGGAGUUAGAGGAGGCAUUGGAGUUCGACUGAAAUAUAUAAUUCAGACAUAAACAGUAAUAGAAGUUCAAAAAGAGAGCACAGCUUUGAGGUUUACCCUGCAUUGGUUAGAACCCAAACUGCAGGAAAAGAUAAAGCUUCUUUGAUAUAGGAAAAUCCACUUUGACGUCUAUGAUGUCAUUUGUGUGUACUUAAGCUAAAAACAGAUCGAAGAUUACAUACACUUACUCUGAACGCUCAAAUUUUUUAUCUGUAGCUCUAAAUGAACAUCUAAACACCCAAAUUCCUGAAUUCAGGUUCUUUCUUAGACAAGAGAACUCAUAUAAAUCAGCUGCAUAUAUAUAUAUAUAUAUAUAUAUAUAUAUAUAAAGCUAAAUAAAUAUUUUAUCCUUCUCGAAAUGUACGCUUGAAAAGCGCAUUCUAUAUGACCGUGAGUUGGUUUGUCUUGGGCUGUUGAUAGAGUCUCUGGCAUUUCUUUAAGUCAUUUUGAGGCAUGCAGCAGUUAAAGCAAUGCAUAUAGACUGUACAUGAAGACCUCAGUGAUGGUAUGCAAUACUGAGAGUGUUUUACCUGGCUGAUAGAGAUGAAAGGUGAAGCACUGAACAGCACAAUCAGGAUGAUUACUACAGGAAUUCAAUGAUAAGUUACAAUAGAGGCUUAAAAUGAGAAAGAUUUGGAAAAGGAUGAAUUACAGCUCUGUUUCAUGAACUGUUGUUUGGAUAUCUGUCAGUGAUCCUGUACAUAACUAUACCUGAUACUCUGAUUAAGGUCUGUUGAGGGAAAAAAAAAAAAGAAAAAACGCUCGUCUUGCACUUUAACCCCUCUUCCCCUCCCUCCCUCUUAUCUUGCACUUUGCAGGCACUGUUAGGCUUCCACCCCUCAUUCCCCCAACCAGGUUAGACAGUGUCUUUGAAGCUCAUCUGGGACUGAAUUGGAAUCUUAAAGGGCCCAUAUCAUAUAGAACUGAAUUUGUGAAAUAAAAGAGUUUAACGUACGGUGUAAUCAUUGUUAAAGUUUCAAAACUUACCAUCCACUCACCCGUUUGUAUACAGUUUAUAUGUGGAAGCAAAACUGCAAAAACAGCCUGUUUGUAAUUCACCGAGGUUGUGGUGUCACAACCACAAACAUAUUUUCAAAUGGUCACCAAUUUAGCCGACAGCAGUUUAGCCCACCCUUUCACAUUGAUUGUCCUACUGCAUAUAUUAGCCCAAUGUUUUUUUUUAAGGCACAAUACAGGAUGGCCAGUUAAAAAACAGGUCAUUUACAUAUAUUACUCUUAAAAGCACAGAAACAGAAAUAGCUUGUCCAAUUCUAAGGGAUAAUGAAAGGUUGGAAAAUGGUCACAACUCUUGGUAACUGAAGACAUACACACAAUGAUAUCAGAAUAAUAUAGACAUCAGCAGAUAAUUGCUUAAAAAGAAAUGAAUCGGCAUUGGAUAAAUGUUUAGAUGUGACUGAUAUUUCCAACAAUGUCAUUUGACAGAAGAGCAGAAUGUUUAAGUGGUGCUGGGCUAUUUUGCUAAAAUAUCAGUUUUUUAUUAAUUUUACUGCAUUUUUAAUAUGUAUUUUAUGAUUUUUUUGUGUAUCAGCAUUACAGAUACAUACAUGAAAAAUAUCAGAUAUCAGCAUCGGCCUGCAGUUCCCACAUCAGUGCAAAAUUCAGUAGGAAAAAUAAAAUAUAAACCAUUUAUAGAUUAUAGGCCCUUUAAGCAUUUCAAAAGCCAGUCUCACAUCUGCACAAAUAGGCAUUUUCAGCCAACUUCCACCAUGUGGGAGAAAUAGUCCUAGGUGCAAGGACUGCUAGUCCUCCAUGUCCCAGUGUAUGAAACAUGUCAAAAGUGAAACGAAAUGAAAUAUUAAGCCAUAAGUGUCCCUGUGAAGGUGACUAAUGGAAGCAGUGUGUCUUCCUCAGUUUGUACACGGUGUUGAAAAUUGAAAGGAAUAUCAAAUGUUUCUCUUUCUUUUGUUUCAACAGAUGACUAUUUAUUCCAAGACCCUGAUUAUUCUAACUGAGGUACUUGAAACCAUGAACAAAUUGCCAUAAGAAUUAUUAUCUGACCAUAGGUCGCCAAUAGAGAAAAAUGCUAAAUUAUGAAAUGUAUAUUUAUAUCUAUUGAGCAAAAUGUAAUAAGCUCACUCAAAGUGGCACACCGAGUUUAUUUUAUACUUUUCUUGUAAAUACGAUCAUAAUAGCAAUCUCAUAACGCUUUGAGUAACCUAGGGUUGAAACGUCAAGGUCAGGCAAAAAGGUGCUAGUAGCCGUUCUACCUUAAGGACUAUCGAGUGUGACGUAAACCGGUCAGUCUGCUUUGCCAUCUAGCCCUACUUUGUGGACAUGAAAUACCAAGUUUUAUUUCAGAGCCAGACGGAUUGUUCCGUAGCAUCUGUACCACACUGUGGUUCUGUACAGCAUUAAUAGAACAACUUAAACACUUGUUUGGCUCCAGCUAAAUGUCAUAGCAAGAACCUUGUGAAGAAAGGACCAUGCGACAUACGUCAUAUAUGCAUGUAAUGCCACCUGGUCAGAGAGUUCUGUUUUGUAACAUUACUGCAUACAUCUUUGGCUACAAAUUGGCAGCCAUUAGACACGUGCUGUCUUUUUUUUUCUCCACAGCCAACAUAAUCUAGAUGGAGCAGCACACCUUACAUUUUGAAAUCGUGUCUUGUCGAAUGUAUCUUUUGCAAUGUCACAAAAUACUGUUUCUUUGCUCUUUCAUACUGAAUGAUAUAAAGGCUGCCGUGUGUUGGUUUUUUGUAGGGAUAUCGUUAUGUCUUGAGUUCAACAAUCUGUCUUCCUAGAUUAUGUGGUGUACACAUAUGCAGCGGUUUUGGGCUUAUAUUGCAACAGAUUUUCAUUUGAAUUGACAGCAAUACAACAUAACCCCUAUAUGUAUCAGCUUUGCAGUUGAAGGCACUGUUUAGAAUAUAAUUUCCAAAGCUCAGCGCAAAAUUGUAUCCAUUUUCUCUUGCUUGUUUGCUUCUUUCCUCACACCCACCAUUGCUUCAAACCAGUUGAAUUAUAGUCACGCUUUUCUAUACGGUUUAAAAUACAUGUUGAAAAUUUUGUCUUUUGUUAAAGCAAAAAGGGGUGUGUGCGUCUAAGUGUGUGUGCGUGUGUGUGCGCGCAUGAGAGUGUGUGUUUUCUGUAUUUAGUGCACUUGCUAUCCCAUGAAAUAGGCUUGAAUUUGAAGUGUUGGAGUGGUAAUAGAGAUUUUGGUGAUUCUUGGCUGUGCAGUGUGACUUUUGUACCUGAAGGGGGUCUGUAGGUGCCCCUAGCCAGUUUUUAAAGUAGGUUUUCUUUUCAUUACUUCUCGUUUCAUAUGGAAUAAAGACUUCAGAACUAAACAUUCGACCUACACACAAAGCCCUUUGAUUAUAAAGAUUGUCGAGAAGUUUACAAGUGGGUGUAAUAAUGUGAGAUUGGAAAUGAAGAUUAAGGUACUUAAGGGUAGUCCAGUUGAGGAGAAAAAAAGAGAUGUUUUAUUAAAAAGAUUACAAAGUCUAUUAACAAGUAUCUAAAGAUGGGAGUAACAGACGAGAUGUCUUAUUUCUUCAUUGAAGUUUUUACCUAGGUUAUCAGCAGUUCUAAAUCUAAACCGUUAUUAUCAUUCUUUUACAAAAUUGUAUUAACUGUGCAUUAGUACCCCUCUAAAUGAUUAAUAAAAUGUUGUUGACUAAA